AUGUUAUCGCGGCGGGCAAUCGAGAACAACGCUUGGUUUCGGGAGCAGUUCAAACGACCACUGGCACGGCAGGGGUCGAAGAAUCUCUCGAUCAUCGAUAUGGCCACUGCUGAGAAUUGGCUUAUUCGGCCUGAAGUAUUGUCCAUACUCAAAAGAAACUGCUCCCAAGCCUUAAAAGAAGAACACCUUUCGUACGCCAAUGGUCUAGGAGGAACUCCCGAACUUCUAGAGAGCCUCUCGGCAUUCUUCAAUCAUUUCUUCUCACCCAUGGUACCGAUACGACCGGAACAUAUUGUAACUGGAACUGGCUGUAGCGCGGUCUUGGAUACGCUAAUUCAUGAUAUAUGCGACAUGGGAGAUGGCCUCCUUGUAACAGCUCCUAUGUGGGGUGACUUUCAAAUAUCGGCGGUUAUGAGAAAUUCUGUUCAAUUGAUACCGGUUUGUGUCCCUUUUGAACAGUCUCAAAGCGCAAGUGAUAUAGUCCAAGCCUAUAGAUCGGCAGCACAAGAGGCAUCAUGCAAGGUUCGAGGAAUACUGUUCUGCAAUCCUCACAACCCUCAUGGGCAUAUUUGCCCUACUAAGGCGAUAGAUGGUUUGCUACAAUAUUGCCAAGAGGCCGAUUUGCACUUUAUUUCUGAUGAGAUCUACGGGCUCUCAACAUUUGGAGACCGAGGCGAGUCAUCGGUAAGAUGCAAAGGAAUAUAUGAUUCUCCGGAGACAGAAUUUACUUCAGUUUUGUCAAGAAAUUUGGACGCCCUGUGCGUCGAAAGGUCGAGGGUUCAUGUCCUUUAUAGCAUCAGCAAAGAUUUCGGCUGCAGUGGCAUUAGACUGGGAUGCCUGGUCAGCCAAGCAAAUAAGGCAUUGCGAAUGUCGCAGGCUAUUUUGAAUAAUGCAAAGCUUUGCAACGCUGCCACCGUCAUGAUCUCACCAAUGCUUUCCAAUUUGUCGGAAAUGGAAAAGAUCGUGGACCUCAACACAAAGAGGCUAUAUCGAGCUGCUCAAAUAGCUAUCCAGUUUGCCGAGUUUCAUCAACUGGAACAUUACAAGCCAGUAGCUGGAUUGUACAUCUGGCUGAGAUUAUCAGCAGAAUGUACUACUUUUGAUGACGAAGAGGCUCUCGUCCAUCGAUGUUCUCAGCUUGGAGUGUUCGUUGGCAGUGGCGCGGAUUACGCCGAGCCCCAGCCGGGCUGGUUCCGGCUGACGUUUGCAAUUCCAGAAGACAAAUUACUACAGGGAUUGCGGCGGAUUGAAGAAGCAGUUGGAUUUAAAGUAGUAUUUACCACUGAUUUGGUUGUUCAAAGCUGGGCUACGGUAUGCGCUAAUUGGUGGAGAGGAAUACGAGGGUAGAUCUGUCCGUCGGCGUGUUUUUGAGCUCUCUUUGUAUCCUGCCUUCAGAUGGUAUUUCCAGAUACAGUUUCAAUUAAUUACUCGAGGAGAUGCCUAUUAUAGAGAAGUUACUCCGUGUGUGGAGUUAGUUUUACCAUACAAUCAGGCAAGCCGAUCCAGCUAUCGGCUUGUAGUUCAAUGCCAUCAAUUCCACCUUUACCUAUAAUGUCAAUCCGAUAACAGCGUACCAUCUCCGCAACAAUUACCCGGAGAAUAAUGUCGGCCACAUUCUUCCCUAAGCACUGCCGAGGACCAAACCCAAAACGCCACAUAUUAUAUCGCCGCGAUUGGUCUCUUUGGCCGAGGUGCCUGUGAGGG